AUACGGAGUAUAAAAGAGGUAAGUAUAAAGAGGGUUGAGUGCUGAGUCGCUGAAGUGUUGAUUGCUGAACCAGCGUAUUCCAAGUUCCAACCCAGUCCGCUGGCUGUGCCCACACUCCCCGGGCGAUCGAAAAGAAAAAGAGGAACUUUCCAUUCCCUUGGUUUGUUUUACAUCCGCCGUAAUACUACCGAGAAACACAUUGGGAAGAUGGUGCGGUUACAGCCUGACCCAUUCCUCAAUGAACUUACAAGCAUGUUUGAGCGAACUAUGGAAACGGGCUCUGUUUGGGUCACACUAAAGCACUCUUCUGAUAAGUCCAAAGCCCAACGAAAUAAACUGAAGACGUCUGGUGAAAAAAUUGAAUAUAAGUGCCUUAUUCGAGCAACUGACGGAAAAAAGAACAUUUCUACCAUGGUGGGCCCAAAAGAUCACCAGCGUUUUCAAGCUUCCUACGCAAUUUUAUUAAAGGCUCGGAUGACUGCUUUGAAAAAGAGGGAGAGGAAGGACAGGAAGAAGGCUGCAAAUCCUGAGAAGAAACAAGAAGGCUUUAAGAAGCAAUCUGCUGCUACCAAGGCCUCAUCUUGAAUCCUUUCCCAUCUAUGUUUUGUAGGAUAGAGUUUGAAGUUGUCUCCACUGACAGCCAUAGUCUUGUGACUCUUGUCCUUGCAACCAGUGAGAUGAUUCGGUUUUUUUUCCAAGGAGUGCAAUUAUUUUUGGAUUACUAUAUUAAACUAUACUGUAUCAAUAAUUUGAUUCUAGUUUUUCCCAUUUCGUAAUCCGUAUAUUAUUAUAUACUUCAAAAUAGUGUUGUGGAACCAAAGGAUUGGAUUACCGAUUCAUAGCUAGGUAGUUUGGGCUAUAGGAAUCAUGUCAAAUUGUCAAUACAAUUUAUUCAACUCUAUUAGAAAAACUAGAGAUGGAAUUGAAAUUAAUUCAUUAUUGCA